CGCCCGCGGAGGGGAGAUUGCUGAGCCAGGGCAGGAGGACUACUUCCCAGCACCCCAGCCUCCUGCCAUGUCUGACCCCAUCACCUUGAACGUUGGGGGCAAGCUCUACACAACUUCCCUGGCAACCCUGACUAGCUUCCCAGACUCUAUGCUGGGCGCCAUGUUCAGCGGGAAGAUGCCCACUAAGAGGGACAACCAGGGUAACUGCUUCAUUGACCGGGAUGGCAAAGUGUUCCGCUACAUCCUCAACUUCCUUCGGACCUCCCACCUGGAUUUGCCUGAGGACUUCCAGGAGAUGGGCCUGCUCCGAAGAGAAGCCGACUUCUACCAGGUGCAACCCCUGAUCGAGGCCCUGCAGGAGAAGGAAGUGGAGCUCUCCAAGGCGGAAAAGAAUGCCAUGCUCAACAUCACACUGAGUCAGCACGUGCAGACAGUCCACUUCACUGUGCGUGAGGCACCCCAGAUCUACAGCCUCUCCUCCUCCAGCAUGGAGGUCUUCAAUGCCAACAUCUUCAGCACCUCUUGCCUCUUCCUCAAGCUCCUUGGCUCCAAACUCUUCUAUUGCUCCAAUGGCAAUCUCUCCUCAAUCACCAGCCACUUGCAAGACCCCAACCACCUGACUCUGGACUGGGUGGCCAAUGUGCAAGGCCUGCCAGAAGAGGAAUACACCAAGCAGAACCUCAAGAGGCUUUGGGUGGUACCUGCCAACAAGCAGAUCAACAGCUUCCAGGUCUUUGUUGAAGAAGUGCUGAAAAUUGCCCUGAGUGAUGGCUUCUGCAUUGAUUCUUCUCACCCACAUGCUCUGGAUUUUAUGAACAAUAAGAUUAUUCGGUUAAUAAGGUACAGGUAAAAGAACACUAGCGACACUGGAAGGCUGGGAUCCCAAGACUUACCAUGUUAGCCAAGAUCUCAGAAAGAGUCUUACCAGUGGUGUGAGGCAGUGAUACUAACAUGUCUUAAUCACGUAGCAGGAGUUGAUUCCCCUCAUGAGGUAGUCCACCUUUUGGCAUUCAUGUGUCCUCUGAACACAAAACCCUUUUUCUUGCUGUUUUAAGCUGGAGAUGGGCAAUUUAUUGUAACUAUGAAGU